AUGUUCACCGGCGUUGCUUUCAUCACCGGCGCCACAUCUGGGAUCGGCCAAGCUACAGCCCAAUCUUUCGCCCGCAAAGGUGCCAAGCGCAUCGUCCUCGUCGACUUGGGCGACCUCUCUGUCACCGUCUCCCUCCUGAGGGGUGUUGAGACCCUAUCAGUCCAAGCGGACGUGAGCGACGAGGCACAGGUGAAGGCCGCGAUGGCAGCAGCUGUGAACAAAUGGGGUCGCGUCGACUAUGCCGCGAUGGCGCAGCUUAAUAAUGAUGCGCCAGGACUUGUCGAGACGCCCAUGACGGCUGGGCAGGUGAUCACCGAGGAUUCCGCCCCAGAUGUCCUCCCCAUGGCCCGGCCCGGCAUGCCCGAAGAACUCGCGGACGUGAUUACGUUCAUGUGCUGCGAGGAGGCGGCGAGCUAUGUCAAUAGCGUGAUGUGGUCCGUUGACGGUGGGCCCAUGGUGCACUAG